AUCUAUUCUAAAAUGCAAGGGUUGAGGAUAUUAAAUCGUUUAUAUAAAAUGUUAUGUGACAGUAAAAAAUGCGUUCUCAUCCAUUCUUAUUCAUGUUUUAGAUUUUUCUUGGCAAUAGAAAAGUCGACACGCAAAGAAAGGAAGCAAACCAACUUUAGAGGAUGAACCAUGAGCCAUUUAGUAUUUCAUAAUUAAGAUUGUAUAUUGACGAGUAUAAUUUAGGGCAUGGCCAAGCAUGUACUAAGAUUUUAAGCUAGGUGCACAUUUUAAGCGGUGGUGGAUGUGGACUUUCUACUGAAAGGCUAGUAUUGCUUCCGAAAAAUGAAGCAGGCUGAGACUUUUGGUACAUAAGGUGCUAGGAUCUAUGCAUGAUGAUGGUAGAAUUGAACUUUAAAGUACGUCAAUGCUGAGUUUAUAAGCUAGUCAGCUAUGCUAAGCUGAAAGCCUUAGAACAUGGACAUUCUAAUGAGUGCUUCUGGACCACAGUGAUAAAUUCCUUUGCUUUCAUGCAAGAGGUCUGGGCUUGGUGUUCGCACCAUGGCUAUAACCUCUUUUCACAAAGGGGGGACAAAAGCUGAGAAUAAAUUCCAAUUUAUGUGUUUGGUGAGCAACUCAUCUCAUGGUGCACUGCCCAAUGGUUUUAUUUUUGGCAGAAAUGUUGCAUGGUGGAGGCUCUCAGACAACUCAUCUACUGGACUGCUCAAUUUUGUGUUUGCUUGUAGGGAUUAUUUUUCGCUUGCCGCUUGCUGCCACAGUCACGGUCCCCAGUUCAAAUUGCUAUGCUCUUGACAACAGCAGUCACCUUUAUGAUUUUACAGACUGGAUUGGUCAUCCCUUUGAAUACGAGGGCAAGGAUGCUGAUUUCGUUGUGAGGUUCUGUAAAGAUGUUGAGAGCAGGUCUCAGGCGGGUUAUGUCGAUUUUGGCCGUUAUGCAACUUCACAUUACUUCGUAGCGGGUUCUGGAUCUUUGGACUUUGUCCAAAACUUUUAUAAUGGGGAUCUCCAGAAUUGUGAGUAUAGCUUUGACAAAAUGGGACGUACAGCUCAGUUAAACAUCUUAUGUGGAGGCUGCUUAAAUGGAGCAUGUAAAGGUGAUCUUGGCUGUAUAUGCAAUAUAUCAUAUGAUAAAUCAGCUUGCAGGGCUGUUGUCGAACUUGCGAUUCCAUGUGUGAAACGUGGUCCGCGAGUAUUUGAGGGGUUUACUGUUGGAUUUCAUCCUCGAUCCUGGGUCUACAAUGGAAUGACACAGCUAGGCUUUGAAAAACUUGAUGAUCAGUUCAGUUUUGGAGUUGAACAGACGUCCGUUGCUCUUUAUCUUACUGCAAUUUCUUCUCUUUCUGGCCUUGUUGGAAAACCAAAUUUUAAGGUUAACCCAAAGGAUGGGUUAGAAGUGAAGUUGUCAGGCUCGGGAGCAAGUGGCAGUGCCCCUACCACUUUGUCUCCUUCAAUUCUCAUAGUAAAUUGGAGAUGUGAGAAAGCUCGGAAAACACCAUACGCAGUUAACAUUUCCAUUCCGGUGGAGGGUUAUAAUCCAAUUGAGUUCAUCCUAACAAAGUCAUGUGCUUAUAGGCAAGGGCAAGAGAACGAUGCUAUAAGAGGAUGGGCUACAUUCGGAAUAUUUUCUUGCGUUGCCAUAGUAUUAUCAACAAUAUCCUGCUGCGGAGGAUUUAUAUACAAGACCCGUGUAGAAAAUCAGCGUGGACUCGAUGCUCUGCCUGGAAUGACGAUUUUGGGUGCAUGUUUGGAAGCUGUAAGCGGGCCUCGACGCUACCCUCUAGGCGAUGAUAUCAGUGCCAAUUUCGUAGACCAAGCAUCAUGGGAUCGAUCAACUUCAGGACAAGGAACACAGAGAACUGCUGAAAGGAGAUACGGUUCGAUCUGAGGAAUUAUAUAUGCACAUCAAAUUUCAUGGUCUGAAUCCUACAAUGCUCAAAUCUUGAGACAUGAAGUUGCAUUCUAUGAUUUAAUUUCAGUAAAGAGUUACUUAUAAGAAAGUAGCGCCUAAUGUUCCUGUAAUUAGUACUCUGGUACUACUUUCAUUCUCUUCUUUUUGUUGCUUUGCCCAUUCCAUUGUAUUUUUCACAUUAUAUAACUUGUCUCUUGGCGGUAAGCGCAUUAGAAUAGAAGACAACGAAAUUGAAAUCA